CGGAGACGGUGCAGCCCUCGGGAGCGUCAGCCUGACACCGGCGUCGGGCGGCAGCCGGGACAAUGGCGAACGACUCCCCGGCCAAAAGUCUGGUGGACAUCGACCUCUCCUCCCUGCGGGAUCCUGCUGGGAUUUUUGAGCUGGUGGAAGUGGUUGGAAAUGGCACCUACGGACAAGUCUAUAAGGGUCGGCAUGUGAAAACAGGUCAGCUGGCAGCCAUCAAAGUUAUGGACGUUACUGAGGAUGAAGAGGAAGAAAUCAAACUGGAGAUAAAUAUGCUGAAGAAGUAUUCUCAUCAUAGAAAUAUUGCAACAUAUUAUGGUGCUUUCAUUAAAAAGAGCCCCCCAGGACAUGACGACCAGCUCUGGCUUGUUAUGGAGUUCUGUGGAGCGGGGUCCAUCACGGACCUGGUGAAGAAUACCAAAGGGAACACGCUCAAAGAAGACUGGAUAGCUUACAUCUCCAGGGAGAUCCUAAGGGGGCUGGCCCACCUUCACAUCCACCACGUGAUCCACCGGGACAUCAAGGGCCAGAACGUGCUGCUGACAGAGAACGCGGAGGUGAAGCUUGUCGAUUUCGGGGUGAGUGCUCAGCUGGACAGGACCGUGGGGAGGAGAAAUACAUUCAUUGGCACUCCCUACUGGAUGGCUCCUGAGGUCAUCGCCUGCGACGAGAACCCAGAUGCCACCUAUGACUACAGAAGCGACCUUUGGUCUUGUGGCAUCACAGCCAUCGAGAUGGCAGAAGGUGCUCCCCCUCUCUGUGACAUGCACCCAAUGAGAGCACUGUUUCUCAUUCCCAGAAACCCUCCUCCCCGGCUGAAGUCAAAAAAAUGGUCAAAGAAAUUUUUUAGUUUUAUAGAAGGGUGCCUGGUGAAGAACUACAUGCAGCGGCCCUCCACAGAGCAGCUUUUGAAACACCCUUUCAUAAGGGAUCAGCCAAACGAAAGGCAAGUGAGAAUCCAGCUUAAGGACCACAUAGACCGGACCAGAAAGAAGAGGGGAGAGAAAGAUGAGACGGAGUACGAGUACAGCGGCAGCGAGGAGGAGGAGGAGGAGGCGCCGGAGCAGCAGGGGGAGCCCAGCUCCAUCGUCAAUGUGCCCGGGGAGUCCACCCUUCGCCGGGACUUCUUGCGGCUGCAGCAGGAGAACAAGGAGCGCUCCGAAGCUCUGCGGAGACAGCAGCUGCUGCAAGAGCAGCAGCUCCGGGAGCAGGAAGAGUACAAAAGGCAGCUGCUGGCGGAGAGGCAGAAGCGGAUUGAGCAGCAGAAGGAGCAGAGGCGGCGGCUAGAAGAGCAACAAAGGAGAGAGCGUGAAGCUAGAAGGCAGCAAGAACGUGAGCAGCGCAGGAGGGAACAAGAAGAGAAGAGGCGUCUAGAGGAGUUGGAGCGAAGGCGUAAAGAGGAAGAGGAGAGGACUGAAGAGGAAGAGAAGAGGAGAGUUGAAAGAGAGCAGGAGUAUAUCAGACGGCAGCUAGAAGAGGAGCAGCGGCACCUGGAAGUCCUUCAGCAGCAGCUGCUCCAGGAGCAGGCCAUGUUACUGGAGUGCCGAUGGCGGGAGAUGGAGGAGCACCGGCAGGCAGAGAGGCUCCAGCGACAGUUGCAACAAGAACAAGCAUAUCUCCUGUCUCUACAGCACGACCACCGGAGGCCACACCCGCAGCCGCCGCCGCCGCAGGACAGGAGUAAGCCAGGCCGCCACGCCGCAGAGCCUAAGCCCCACUGCGAGCCCACCGACAGAGCUCGAGAGGUGGAAGAUAGACUUAGGAACACUAACCACAGCCCCCCUGAGGCGCAGUGUAAGCCGCCAGUGCCUUCCAGAUCAGAGUCUUUUUCCAGUGGCAACUCCGAGUCUGUGCACCCCGCCCUGCAGAGACCAGCUGAGCCACAGGUUCCUGUGAGAACGACGUCACGCUCCCCUGUUCUGUCCCGUCGGGAUUCCCCGCUGCAGGGCAGUGGGCAGCAGAACAGCCAGGCCGGUCAGAGAAACUCCACCAGCAGCAGUAUCGAGCCCAGGCUGCUGUGGGAGAGAGUGGAGAAGCUGGUGCCCAGGCCUGGCAGUGGCAGCUCCUCGGGCUCCAGCAACUCAGGAUCCCAGCCUGGCUCCCACCCUGGGUCUCAGAGUGGCUCUGGGGAACGCUUCCGAGUGAGAUCAUCAUCCAAAUCUGAAGGCUCUCCAUCUCAGCGCCUUGAAAAUACAGCGAAAAAAAAUGAGGACAAAAAAGAAGUGUUUAGACCUCUGAAGCCUGCUGAUUUGACUGCACUGGCUAAAGAGCUGCGAGCGGUGGAGGAUGUGCGACCCCCACACAAAGUGACCGACUACUCCUCAUCCAGCGAGGAGUCUGGGACCACUGACGAGGAAGACGACGACGCCGAGCAAGAAGGGGCUGGGGAAACCACGUCCGGACCGCAGGACACCAGAGCAGUGUCAGCUCUGAAUUUGAGCAAUGGUGAAACGGAAUCUGUGAAAACCAUGAUUGUCCAUGACGACGUGGAAAGUGAACCAGCCCUGACGCCGUCCAAGGAGGGCACGCUGAUUGUCCGCCAGAGUACAGUUGACCAAAAGCGUGCCAGCCAUCAUGAGAGCAAUGGCUUUGCCGGUCGCAUUCACCUCUUGCCAGAUCUCUUACAGCAAAGCCAUUCCUCCUCCACUUCCUCCACCUCCUCCUCCCCAUCUUCCAGCCAGCCGACACCCACCAUGUCCCCACAGACACCCCAGGACAAGCUCACUACUAAUGAGACUCAGUCCGCUAGUAGCACACUCCAGAAACACAAAUCCUCCUCCUCCUUUACACCUUUCAUAGACCCCAGAUUACUGCAGAUCUCUCCAUCUAGCGGGACAACAGUGACUUCUGUGGUGGGAUUUUCCUGUGAUGGAAUGAGACCAGAAGCCAUAAGGCAAGAUCCGACCCGGAAAGGCUCAGUGGUCAAUGUGAAUCCAACCAACACUAGGCCACAGAGUGACACCCCAGAGAUCCGCAAAUACAAGAAGAGAUUUAACUCUGAGAUUCUGUGUGCUGCCUUGUGGGGUGUGAAUUUGUUAGUGGGCACAGAAAGCGGCCUGAUGCUGUUGGACAGAAGUGGCCAAGGGAAGGUGUACCCUCUGAUCAGCCGAAGACGAUUUCAGCAGAUGGACGUCCUUGAAGGCUUGAAUGUCUUGGUGACAAUAUCUGGCAAAAAGGAUAAGUUACGUGUCUACUAUCUGUCCUGGUUGAGGAAUAAGAUCCUGCACAAUGACCCGGAGGUGGAGAAGAAGCAGGGGUGGACGACCGUCGGCGACCUGGAAGGGUGUGUGCACUAUAAAGUUGUAAAAUAUGAAAGAAUCAAAUUUCUCGUAAUCGCUUUGAAGAGUUCUGUGGAAGUUUACGCGUGGGCACCCAAGCCAUACCACAAAUUCAUGGCCUUCAAGUCGUUUGGAGAGCUGGCCCACAAGCCGCUGCUGGUGGACCUCACUGUGGAGGAGGGCCAGCGGCUGAAGGUGAUCUACGGGUCCUGCGCUGGGUUCCAUGCUGUCGAUGUGGACUCGGGGUCCGUCUACGACAUUUACCUACCCACACACAUCCAGUGCAGCAUCAAGCCGCACGCGGUCAUCAUCCUCCCCGACACGGACGGCAUGGAGCUGCUGCUGUGCUACGAGGACGAGGGCGUCUACGUCAACACGUACGGGCGCAUCACCAAGGACGUGGUUCUGCAGUGGGGGGAGAUGCCCACCUCCGUGGCAUAUAUUCGAUCCAAUCAGACGAUGGGCUGGGGAGAAAAGGCCAUAGAGAUCCGGUCUGUGGAGACAGGCCACCUGGACGGUGUGUUCAUGCACAAAAGGGCGCAGAGACUGAAGUUCCUGUGUGAGCGCAACGACAAGGUAUUCUUUGCUUCUGUCCGGUCUGGUGGCAGCAGUCAGGUUUAUUUCAUGACGUUAGGCAGGACUUCUCUGCUGAGCUGGUAGAGUCACUGUGCGAGGACCGCGGCCCGUCUCCAAGCGCCUGGGAACUUGGAACUUGCAGCUGGAGCUCAGACUGCGCCGGGCAGUCCAGGACAGCCGUGUGCGCGGACACUGCUGCGGGGCUCUUUCUCCUCCGCCUCCUGCCCUUCCUCCAAGUUACCCCGACCUUUUUAUUUUUUUAUUUUUUUUCUUACUCAAAAAUAAAUCAGGCUGCAAUGCAGCUGGUGCUGUUCAGAUUCUACCAUCAGGUGCUAUAAGUGUUGUGGAUCGAGCAUCAGACCAGAGAGCAGGCCCCUCCUUCAGCUCCAGGACUCCUGGCCUCUGAGUGACGUCCUGGGGUGUCUGGAACAGGAGAGGGGAAGGUGCUGUGGGUGCCUGGGGAGUGGGCACAGGAGGUGGAGAGUGUGGGUCUCAGCGAGCAGGUUGCCGGAGCAAGAGCAGAUUUAAUAUAGUGACGUUAACAAUGUAUUUAAUUGACAUUUCUUUUUGUAAUGUGACAAUAUGUGGACAGAAGAAGGGGCAGGUUUAAGAAGUUAAUAUUUAUAAAAUGUGAAAGACACAGUUACUAGGAUAACUUUUUAGUGGGUGGGGCAUGGGAGGCGGGGUGGGGUGGGUUAAGGGGGUCCCAUUUUGUUUUUUGGGGGAACUUUUUUUUUUUUUUUUUGGCUCUGCCAAGAACUCAGUCAUUUUUUUGUGUACCAGGUUUUGCCUAAAUCACGUGCAGAUGGUUCUUUAAGAAAAAAGGAAAAAGAAAGUGUGUGCGUUUGUCUCACAGCCAGAGCUGUGCUGUGGACAGUCGCACGACCCUGCGCGGGCAGCUCGCCCCGCGGCCCGCACGCGCACAGGGCACGGUCUUCAACCACAUGUUGUGUGUUGUUUUUUU